AUGCUGAAGAAACACUUCAACUGCUUCAUCCGCUGGGUGCUUUGGUGGUUCAGAUUGCCCAAGUUGUUGACGCUCGCUGGGAAACCGUUUUCUAUGUUAUCACAACCUCUGCGCUCUGCUCUUCACAAGAUAGCUUUUUGCUUCGGUUUCGCUAACAGCUCGUGUGGUCUAAUAACUCUUCCUCAGGAAGUCUUGGAGCUGAUUCUUGCCGACCUGGAUUGGAAGGAUGUCCUUCGCGUACGGGCAACGUGUAAAGCGCUGUGUGGCGCCUCUCGGUCGCGAUCAGUGUGGCGUGUCCAGUACCAACGGCUGUCGGACAGUUACGACACCCCUUUGAAGGCGAAGGAUGGCACGGCGACCUAUUCCGAACUCGAAGACGAUACUCUGCACUGGGCUCGAGUACAGCGAGAUUGGGUGUCCCCGUCAAAGCGGCCGACCCAGCGCUUGGUGGGCCGGUGUCCUGGACUGCAGAUACGCCUCCUCGAAGGGGGCCGGUGGCUUCUAACCAACUCCAACUUCUUGCAUCCAGGGUGCCUUAGCGCAUAUGACCUAGAUACGACAAAUGGUCGACACCGCAUCUUGAUUCGCCCACAGGACAAGCGAGAGAAUCGAAUCGAAACCUUUGCUAUCGAGGAAGUGAAUACAUCGCCCAAAAUUGAAGUUUUCGUUGCCCUCGUCCGCGAACAUCCUGAUGAACAAUUCGCUAGGCUGUCUUUCUGGAAAGUCACCAAUAGCCUGGACGAGACUCUCAUAGCUCGUCAUAUCACAUCGUUCAACACAUACGUAGACGAUAUUUCCCACGUAAAGGAUCUGCGGGGAGAUUACUUUGCAAGGUUUGCCGUAUCAUACACCAGUGGGCCUCGUCACAUAGACGUGUAUGAUUGGCGGCGCUCAUGUUCUCUAACCCACCAUAAGGCCACAAUCAUCCUUAGGGAGCGCCUUUGUACUAUCCGUAUCCUCCCGGGCCAAAGAAUACUUGGCCUUGACAAACAGACUGUCAGGAUUUACGAUAUGCCAAACUGUCGACCAGUCCCGGCGAAAUGUCCCGUAGCUGGCUUGCCGACCGCGCCUUUGCACACCCUUGCUUUGCCGGGACUCAAUCCCUACGUCUAUACUCCCAUUUACUUCAGCCUUCUUGGCAAUGCUCACUUCUACGUUGCAAGCACUGAAGCCGUGGUCAAGCUAACGAUCCCACAUGAUGGCCAGCCGCCGACAGGAGAAGAUUAUAUACGCCAUUCACCGGGGGAUAGGUGCGCCUACGCCUUCAGUCUCCACCGUGCGUACUUCCGGAGACUUUCAACAAGAAAAGUACUAUCGUUCUCCCGUGACUACGAUGAGCGGUGUAUCAAAACUUGGGAGGCGUCUGAGGAGCACAAUUACGGUUGGCGGCCACUUCUCGACGACUUCUCUGGUCGAAUAAUUGAACGGGCGAGUGAUGAGUAUAUUUUUGUGCUAGAUCAUAAUUAG